GUUUGUGGACAGAAAUUGUGCAAAAGAAGAACAGUUCCUCGUUUUAAAGGGUGUGUACAGUCAUCAACAAGAGGCCGUCUGAGCCAUACGUCUGAAAUCUAAGUCACCUCCAAUCAUGGAUGAUAUGUGCUCGAUUUUCACUGAAGAGGAGUUGAGUCUCUACAACAUCACUGAUUGUGAAUUCGUCAAGCCUGGGGGCCUUGGUCCUGUGCUCGGGCCCCGUCACCUGUCCGCCCUGGUGUUCUAUGGCUUGGUCUUCCUGCUGGGGGUCCCGGGCAACGCUCUGGUGGUGUGGGUGACGGGCUUCCGCAUGCCGCGCUCCGUCACCUCUCUGUGGUUCCUCAACCUGGCCCUGGCUGACCUGCUGUGCUGCCUGUCCCUGCCCCUCCUCAUGGUGCCCCUGACCAUGGACCAGCACUGGCCCUUUGGCCCCGUGGCCUGCAAGCUGCUCAAGGGUCUCCUCUACCUGAUUAUGUUCUGUAGCGUGCUGCUGCUGGUACUCAUCAGCCUGGACCGCUUUCUGCUGGUCAGCCGGCCCGUGUGGUGCCAGAACUGGAGGAGGCCUCGCAAGGCUGGCUGGGUAUGUGUUGGGGUGUGGCUCCUGGCCCUGCUGGGCAGCAUCCCCCAGUUUGUCUAUGUGAAGGAGGUCCAGUUAAGCACCAGUAAGUCAGAGUGCCUGGGAUUGUACACUGUAGCCAGCGCCUGGGCUAACACUACAGUACGCUUCCUGGUGGGUUUCGUGCUGCCAUUCAUCACCAUUGUGACUUGUCAUUGGGUUGUGUACAGCAGGGCCGGGGGGGUCAGGGUGGGGCCUGGGAGGGGGAGUGAGGCGCGUACAAGACGCACCUUGAGGGUCAUUGUUGCCGUGUCGCUGAGCUUCUUCCUGUGCUGGCUUCCACUGCACAUACUGGACUUCCUGGUUCUAUCAACCCCCCGGCACUCAUCGCACAGCGCCAACGUACAGCUGGUCCACACUCUGGCCCUCUGUCUGGCCUACUGUAACAGCUGCCUCAACCCUCUGCUCUAUGUGUGUCUGGGACGAGGCUUUAAGCAGAGUAUCAAUCGCUCCCUGCGCAAUAUGUUCAACUUUGCCACAGAGGAGUCGGUAACCAGACAGAGCAUGUUCAAGAGCACAUCAGAAAGAACCCAGGAGAUGAAUAUGUGAAGUUCUGUGUGUGUGCAUGUGUGUUUUUGCGUGUCGGAGGUGGAACUGCAUUAGAGCUGUCAAAUCCACAAGUGGCUCCUGGCAUUAUAACUAAAGUGGACAUUGCAAAUUUGCUGCAUGGAGUCGCAUUAAGAGAAAUCCCAUGCAGCCUUGUUUACAAGUUUUAACACUGGAAUGUGAGAUGCAAUCUACACCUUGAUUAGGCUGAUAGAAAUCCUCAUUAAAUAUUUUAAGGAUUUUCAACAUAAGCAUAAUAACGUUAUAUAUAUCCUAACGCAAGGGGGACAGGUGUGGCUUCGUGACAAGGAUCAAGAGCAGCUGCUCACCGAAUUGACAGCUCCAACGCAUUUACCCCUCCAUAACAUCAGCUAUGUUUAGAUUUUACUUCAUUUUCAUAGAUAUGUCAUUUUGACAAAUAUGUCAUGUUUUUGCUUUCAGAUAACAACAAGAACUGUUAAUGAGCACACCAGAACAUGAAUUGUGUUAAACAUUUAAAUUAAGAAAAUAAGUACAUGUAUUUCUGUUGAAAUCAAAUGUUUUAUGAAACAAAUUUGCUCUUUAAAAUGCUUUCCUCCCAUCAUCCCACACCCAUGUCGUCUUCCUCUGGCACAACUGUGAUAAACUCUCUCUUUCAGAUAUCACCUGUGGUAAUCAGCAGUGCAACUUUCUCAAUAAAUCACCCCUGCAUUUCCUAGA